AUGGCUGGAGGAGUUAUCGCUCCAGCGGGUUCCGGGAAAGAGUAUCCUGGCAGAUUUACUUCCAGGGUCUUUUUCACGUGCAUUAUCGCUGCUUCGGGUGGUUUGAUCUUUGGUUAUGAUCUUGGUAUUUCAGGUGGAGUUACAUCCAUGAAUCCUUUCUUGGAAAAGUUUUUCCCGGCUGUUUACAAGAAGGAAAUAUCCAUCAAACCUUCGGAUGAUCAAUACUGCAAGUUUGACAGUCAAAAACUAACGUUCUUUACAUCCUCGCUGUAUUUGGCUGCUCUUUUAUCGUCUUUAGUAGCAUCGACGGUGACGCGAUUGUUUGGGAGGAAGAUGACGAUGAUGACUGGAGGUUUACUUUUCACCAUUGGUGCCCUUCUCAAUGGCUUUGCUCAAAACAUUGAAAUGCUUUAUAUUGGUCGGAUUCUACUUGGUUUUGGUGUUGGAGCUGCUAAUCAGUCGGUUCCAAUCUAUUUGUCCGAGAUGGCUCCCUUUAGAUAUCGAGGUGCUCUGAACAUUAUGUUCCAAAUAACGAUUACAUUUGGCAUAUUUGUCGCCAACUUGUUGAACUAUUACUUCGCUAAGAUUGAAGGUGGAUGGGGUUGGCGCUUGAGCUUGGGAGGAGCUGUUGUCCCUGGCUUGAUCAUUUUUCUUGGUUCUUUCUGCCUCUCUGACACACCAAACUCUUUGAUUGAACGUGGCGAAUUGGAUGAGGCUACAGUUCUGCUCAAGAAAAUCCGUGGCAUUGACAAUGUGGAUGAGGAGUUCAAUGACUUGGUUGAAGCUAGUGAGGCAUCCAAGUUGGUUAAACACCCUUGGAGAGAUAUUUUCAGACGGAAGUACAGGCCGCAGCUCACGUUUUCUAUAUUCAUUCCUUCCUUUCAACAAUUAACUGGCGUGAAUGUGUUUGUGUUCUAUGCUCCUGUUCUGUUCAAGAGCAUGGGAUUUGGGGACAACGCAUCCCUCAUGUCCUCAAUGAUCACUGGCCUUUGCAUCUGUAUAGCAGCCGUUAUUUCGAGUUUUACUGCUGAUAAGUUUGGAAGGAGGACACUUUUCCUUUGGGGUGGGAUUCAAAUGUUUAUUUGUCAGGCUGUUAUGACUGCUGCAAUUGCUGCCAAAUUUGGUACGAGUGGAAACCCUGGUGAGCUGCCUAGGUGGUACUCAAUUCUCGUGGUGGUAGCCAUGUGCAUUUACAUUGCUGGCUUUGGCUGGUCAUGGGGUCCCCUGGGCUGGCUGGUGCCCAGUGAAAUCUUCCCGCUUGAAAUCCGUUCCGCUGCUCAAAGUGUCAACGUUUCCGUCAACAUGAUCUUCACUUUCGCCGUAGCGCAAGCCUUCACCUCCAUGCUUUGCCAUUUGAAAUUCGGCCUCUUCAUCUUCUUUGCCUGUUGUGUUGUGGUGAUGAGCGUCUUCAUCUACAAGCUCUUUCCUGAGACUAAGGGAGUCCCCAUUGAAGAAAUGACCAUUAUUUGGAAAAACCAUCCUUACUGGAGAAAGUUUGUCAACGAUGAAGAUCCAAACUAUGAGAUGGCAAAGAGGGGAGGAUCUGUGUAAAGUUUAGUCGGGUAGGAUUGCUCUUUUCCUUUUUGUUUUGCUUUGUUUAUAUGCUGUAAUAACUCUUUUCUCAGACCCAACUUCAACUCAGUUUUGCACCCUGCGGCAGCCCAAUCAUUGACAAGAACCUGUAGCCAUUCCCCUCAGUGAGAUUCUCUUGUUCAAGUAACAACCAGAGAGAAAAGGUACCUUACUAUUCAGCAGAUAAUCUAAACAAAAACUGAGUCAUCGUAUAGCCCGUCCAUAGAACACAGAACACACAAAGUGGUGUUACGCACUUAAAUUUUUAGUUUAAGCGUUUGACUUUUAGACUAGAGUGUGGUUUAUUAAAA